AUGGCCCUGCGCAUGUCUGCCGAGCAGGCUGAACGCGCCGCCGACGGCUUUAGCACUUUUCGUGCCCCUCUUCCCGAACACGCCACGGAGAUCACCGGCCUGAUCUCGGACUUGUACGCUAUCAGCUCAUCGUUGUCGAGUCUGGAUGACCUCUCCAAGGAUCCCCGUUAUCGCCGUAGCUGGGCGCUUGUUCAUCCGGAUGUGGAAUUGCUGCGCUCGAGUCUGAACUACACCAUCGAGGAUAUACUGGACUUUUUUAAGCGGCUGAAUGGCGGCCAUGUCACACACGAUACGUACCAGCGGACGUGGCUGUCGAUAGACCGAUUCUUCUGGAACGAGGCCCAGUACUCGCUGGGGACUCGCUUGGCGAAAUAUAAGAGCUUUCUGAGGGAGCUCGCCGACUCGGUGAGGGACCCCCGCCACGAGUCUCCGCUCCUCGCAGGCUCCCGCAGCAGUAUGAAACUGUUGCUCGUCGAACAAGAGAAGCGUCUCGCACCACGACUUGAGCGUGUAUCGCUGGGUCGUAACCCGCCGUCUACCAGCAGCACUAGCACCGAUCAGCCAAGUCCCCGAAAUGAACGCCGACCGGCACACCGGCAACGAUCAUAUGAACGAAGCCGUCCACCGCAUUUAUCCCCUCAAUCCCCUCAAUCCCCAUCCUCUGCGUCGUUCUCCGAUUUCCCUCCUUCCGCGCCGGAAGUACCGAGCUCGCCGUUGGGAUCUGCGUCGGCAACGGGGACCAGUCAAUCUACCCAUUCGGAUGCGAUACAAUAUCACUGGAUUAAAGAUGUCUUCUCAACCUACGAUACAGAGACACCAAUACCCCCUGGCCGAGAAAGAGCCGGCUGCUUUGGGGACCCGCAUGCUGGGAUUAAGCCCUGGCUUCGAGAGCAAGGAUUCGAGUUGCUCCUUCAAUUAGCCUUCAAUGACGACUCGAAAAUGACAGUAUACUUCUAUCUACGAGAACGAGACCAUCGCGUUCGUAUCGUCUGCAAGGUCCCGCAUAAGUCUCGUUCUAGCGACUACUUUUGUCUACCGUUGAAUCUCUUGGAAAUCAUCCGAGAAGGAUCCUGUCUCCAGCUGUGUCGGAGACGUCAUGGUGGCAGUGAGCUUGUCUUGUGGGCAAGCAUCCAAUUUACAUCCAUCGAGAGCAUGGUUGCAUUUCACAUGGCGUUUUUGGCUCUUCGUUCCCAAGACGCCGGUCAUCCCGUUGAGGAUAUUCGUGACUACGAGUUGGAAGGGGAACGAGAAAUAUAUGGCGGUCAAAUCAUUGACGACGAGUACGCUCAUGCUCUGCGUGUUUAUCGCGAAAAGACAACAAAAGCUGUUAGGCUACAGGCCUCCGUCCACAAGGGUGAUAUGGACCACACGCCCGUCUGGACUGCUUUCAUUACCCCCCACCUAAGCCGACGCAGCUGGCUGCGUGUAGUCGACGACCGCACUGUUGUCAUUCGUGAUCUGAAGCCUAUCAUCCUGAUGUCGGCUGAUGACUAUACCCCACCGCAGACUAAUCGUGGUGAGCAUGUGCUGAAGUUUGCAACCCCCGAGGAUGCUGAUGCCUUCUUGGACCAAAUGGAAGCCCUAGCGGCGAAGUAUUAG